CAACGACAUGAGCACCGCCAGAUCGGAGUGCACCACGAGCUCCGAAAACAACGCUGCAUCCGCGAGCACCACAGACUAAUUCCGAGAGCAGCACGAGCUCGGAGUGCCCCACGAGGUCUGACAUCAGCAAGAUCUCCAGGAGCAGUACGAGCUCCAAGUGCGCCAUGAGCUGGGAGAGCAGCACGAGCUCCGAGUGCGACAUGAGCUACACGAGCACCACUGAGGCCACGAGCACCACAAGCUCCAAGAACAUCGCACGCCCCGUGAGCGCCAACAAGUCCGCGAGCACGACCGAGCCCACGGCCACCACCAGCUACAUGAGCCCACCAGCUCCGAGUGUACCUCGAUCUCCGAGAGUCCGAGAGCACCGACGAGUUCGCGAGCACCACAGAGUCCACGAGCGAGCUUCGAGAUCACCACGAGCACCACUGAGUAACGUCCGCGAGCGCCACCGAGUCCAAGAGCGUCACUAACUGCACGAGCACCACCACGUCCGCGAGCCCCGCAAAACCUCCAGCUCCGAACGCAUCACCAGCUAUAUGAGCACCACCAGCGAGUCAUCUCCUCAAGCGCCACCGAGUCUGCGAACACCACCGAGCCCGCGAGUGUCCCCACUGUGUGAGCCGCCUC